GUGCUUCUUCUGUUCUCUUCUUUGUUUCUUUCCACUCUAACUAGCGCUUCUAUCAAUGCUUUGACAGCUUACAUGGCAAAAGAAAAGCAAGAGAAUAGUGGGCUUCACCUUUAGCUUUAUCUUUGCUGCUGCUUUUUCUAAACCUCAACACUUCUUUUUAGCGUUUGCCAUAAGGUUGCAUUUGCAUAUGUCUCACCUGUACUGUGCUAGUGUCCAAAGCCAUAAACAUACACAAUCCAACAUAAUCUAUCAACAUUCUCCACCUUCUCUUCUCAUUUGUCAUCUUCUAUACAAAUAGCUAGGCAGAGACAAAAUCACAAUUCACCAGCCCAAGAACACACGACAGACUGAUAUGGAUAUAUUGUCACAACUUUGGUCACUCUUAGGUCUUCUCACAGUCCUUCAAAACAUCUUACCUGCACAAGUCCUCUCCCUUCUUCACUCCCUCAUUGAGUCCCUCCAAGACCUCAUUUCCCAAUAUUCAUACUUUGACAUCCCGGAAUUUAAUGGCUGCUGUGGUGUUGACAUCAAUGAUCUCUAUCGCCAUGUCAACCUCUACCUCAACUCUGUCAACUCCUCUGCCACUGCCUCCACUUGCCGACGCUUCUCCCUCUCCCGGUCCAGGUCAUCCAAUUGCAUUUCCUUCACUAUAGCUCCCAAUCACACCAUCCACGACUCCUUCAAUGGCCACUCACUUUGUUGGACACACCAUGUUGACACUGUACAGGACUCAUUAGAAGAGAAACGUAGCUUUACUCUCAGACUUCCAAAGAGACACCGGCAUAUGCUGCUGUCGCCUUAUCUCCAGCAUGUGACAUCGCGUGCUGAAGAGUUCGAGCGAGUAUCAAGAGAGAGGAGGCUGUUUACUAACAAUGGCAAUGCUUCAUACGAGUCAGGUUGGGUCUCAGUUCCUUUCCGCCAUCCAUCCACCUUCGAAACGCUGGCUCUGGAGCCUCAAUUGAAGAGGCAGAUCAUGGAGGACUUGAAGGCAUUUGCUCGUGGCAGAGAGUAUUAUCAUAGAGUUGGGAGGGCAUGGAAGAGGGGUUACUUGCUCUAUGGUCCUCCAGGAUCAGGCAAAUCAAGUCUAAUAGCUGCAAUGGCUAAUUAUUUGUGCUAUGAUGUGUAUGAUCUUGAACUCACCAAAGUCACAGACAACUCAGAUCUCAGAGCUCUGCUAAUCCAAACUAGCAAUAGAUCAAUAAUUGUGAUUGAGGACAUAGAUUGUUCCCUUGAUCUCACUGCUGAUAGAAUGCUAAAGGCCACUACUGCUACAGCUACAAGAAGGAAAAGAUCAUCAUCAUCAUCAGGUUAUAAUAAGGACCCGGGUUCAGGCAAUUAUCAGUUGUUAGAGGAGAGUGGGCGUGUUACCUUAUCAGGUCUCCUCAACUUCACAGAUGGAUUAUGGUCAUGUUGCGGGGAGGAGAGGAUAAUAGUGUUCACAACCAAUCAUAGAGACAGAGUAGAUCCCGCAUUGGUUAGAUGCGGGCGGAUGGAUGUGCAUGUAAGCUUAGGCCCUUGUGGUAUGCACGCGUUCAAGGCAUUGGCCAUGAACUAUCUUGGGAUAGAGUGGCAUUCUUUGUUUGAUGUGGUAGAGAGCUGUAUACGGUCAGGUGGCGCACUCACUCCUGCUCAGAUAGGGGAGAUAUUGCUGCGGAAUAGAGGGAGCAAUGCUGAUUUAGCAAUGACAGAAGUGGUGUCUGCAAUGCAAGCCAGAAUUUUGAGUACUGGUGGCUCUGAACAUCUAAAUACUAUUAUAGAGUAUGAAGAUACGGUGACCUUGACAAGGUCACCACAGAGUGUGUUAACGGUAGGGUCGUCACCGGAGAAUUGGGACUCAUCUCCAGGCAAGAUUAGCGGGAAGAAGAGGAAGGCAAAGUUUCUUGUUAGAUUAAGAUCUUUGACCAAGUCCGGCUCUGGUAGAAGGGGUGUGUGAGAGUUUCGAUGUGCUCUUGUCUUGUGAAAGUUUUGAAAAUUAAUUGAAACACCAGCUUUCCUUAAUCGAUCCUACCAAGCUCCAUAAAAUGGAGAAAUUUUCGGUUUAUUAUUUAUAUGAGCAUAUUCUCAUCAA